UGGGGCCCCUGUGUCCUCACCCACACUCAAGCCAAACCCAAAAAUGCCUAUGCAAGGUACCAGGGGCAUCUCAUGGGGCCCCCUACUGACCCCGGGCCCUCGGGCAGGGGCCCCAUGAGAUGCCCCUGUGUCCUUGCCCAAACUCAAAAAAGCCUAUGAAAAAGGUACCAGGAGCAUCUCAUGGAGCCCCCUACUGACCUCGGGCCCUUGGGCAGUGCCCGAGUUUCAAAAUGGUCAGUCCGCCCCUGUAUAUACAUGAUUUUUGAGCAGCCCUGCUGCCCUGUAGCA